AAUGUCCAAGGAAAGUCACCUAAGAGGGCAGAUGACUGUAAAGGGAAAGAAUUGUUAGCCGAUUUAAGGAUCAGUUCAGCUUAUGUUGUGAUGACUAAGGCCAUAUGGAUUAAGUGCGAUCCCCUUCCUGCUAGUGCACUAAAACUAAAUGUUGAUGGUGCAGCUAAAGGCUCAUCUGGACUUUCUGGGGGUGGAAUGAUUAAUAGAGAUUUGGAAGGUCAUCUGUUGGUAGCUGCUUCUUCAUUUUAUGAGAGAGGCAUUAAUACACAAGUUGAAUGUAUGGCCCUAUUGCAGGGGUUGAAACUGAUUUUUAGAUGUAAUUGGGAGAGUUAUCAGAUUUACAUUGAAUCUGACUCUCAGAUCUUAGUGCAGAUGUGA